GAAAAAUAUGCACAUUUUUUAAACCGAGAAUGCUCUCUCAUGACCUUGGUGCUAUUUUGUUAAAGUCCCAACUUUUGAUAACUUGCUUUUGGCGAUCGAAUUGAAGCAUAAUUACCUUCAAAACAUUUCAAUAUAGUUAGCUGCAUCGGGUACUAAAACAGCUGUUUCAAACCGGAUACUGUUGGAUCAUAAGAGUAAAUAAAUUCCAUACUUCAUAGCUCAAGUCAAUUGGUGACGGUAGUAGACGUGUACUUUGGUAUCAAAAACAUACGAAGUUCAUGGACUUUGGAAAGGAACAACGGAUUUCACCCAGGGUCUAUCAAUUAGCCCAAAUAAUUUAUCGGGAGUUUGAAGUCAUAAAGAAGGUCUAUGGCGAAUCCGCAUACGGUGGAUUGGUACCUAUUGUUGUUGGUAUUCUAGAAGAAAUGGACCUCUUGACUGUGGAUAAGCAGAAAUUGGAUCUUGACUUAAAUCUUUUGACUGCCGAAAAGAAUGAUAUUUCUGUACAGUUGUGUCGUCAAAAGGAGCUUUACAUAGCUGCAAAAAGACAUAUCCACUGUCUGGAAGAUGAGCUGCUUGGUAUGAAAAAAGAAACGGACAAGAAAUUCGAAGAACUUGAGGAGAAUUCGAGACACUAUCAACUUCUUGCCAAAAACGCUAAUGAUCAUAUUUUUAGAUUAGAAGAAAGGGAACAAGAUCUUAGAUCAGAAUUAUCUGCACAAAAUGAAAGAUACACUAAAUUACUUAAAAUUUAUGUGGAUUAUAUAGAAACAAACAAUUUAUCUGUGUCAAACAACGAUAUUGAAUCGGGAACUGUAUGCGUUGGCUGUGAAAAAGAUACUGAAUCAAAUGAGCUAGUAAUGAAAUCGACUGCUAAUUCAAACUCCACAAAUGAAAAUCCCAAUCAAAUUUCAGUAGAAUCGGGUUACAUUUUAAACACGAAUUCUAAAAAUCAUGAUAUUUCAACCAUUGGAAUUGAUUUAACACAUCCUCUAGAAUCUGAACCUGGUGUGAACGCUUUGCACUCUCUUGAUAGUUCUCUAAAGUCAAAUAAUGGUACCACUUCUUUUAUUGACAUUUAUGAUGAUAUCGUAGAUUAUGAAACGGCUUUAGAAUCAACUCCUGCUAUGGGUACUGGUGAUGAUGUUGAAGAAAUUGAAUCUCCUGAUGUUUGUGAACCCUCUGUAGGUAUGAUCAAAGAAGUCGAAAAAUUAAUUAAAGAGAAUACUGAUUUGUAUGAAACAAAAAAUGCUUUAAAUGUUUUAAAAGAUGAUCUAAUUAAAAAACUAGAUGAAGUGACUGGUGAGAAAUCUAUGUUAAUUCAAGAAAUACAUGCUAUACGUACCAAUAGAGAUGAAAUUAAAUCUGAAGCUAGUCGUUUAUCACGUUUAGUUUAUGAAUGUCGUGAUCAAAUAUCUAGCUUAACUGCUCGUCUUAAAAUUUAUGAAGACGUCAACGAGGCCGAUCAACGUUCAUCUAGAUUACUUCUUACUUCAAUACAACAGUCGAAAUCCUGUUGGACAUUAAAUGCGGAAAGCACAUGUCACACAUCACCAAAGUAUCGUAAUAAAUCUGUAGAUAAUUUGAACGAUGUUUCACCAUUGAAUGAUAUGAAUAAAACUGAAGAUGGAUACGAUUUACAGAGUACCUUUAAUAAAAAUCACAUUUAUUUGAUUGUUGCUAAUAUGACUGCAGAAAUUCAUUAUUGCGUUGCAGUUUGCGCCUAAUAUUGACUUGAAUGUCACAGUUCAAAAGCUUUUUAAAAAAUAUUUUGGAUAUAUAUAUAUUGUCAACAUAUUACCAUACACCUUUAGGAGCUGAAAAGUAAGCAUUAAAUGAAUAUCAGUGCUUGUUGUUACAACAAUGCAGAUUAUCUGUCGUUAGUAUUAUUUUGUCCUUUAGAGCUAAACGUUUAAACUCCUUGCUCCAAAGCAUUAGUAAUUAUAGCUAUUGACGACUUCAAUAUUCAACAACCAAAUAACUUUAAAUUUUCAAUAUAAUCUGAAAGUUAGUUGUUAUGGUUAGUGUUUCUUAGAAUUUAUUUAAAGUGUUUUUAUUCUUGUUUUUGUAUACUUUUGAUAUCUUUUCAUGGGCAAACAAUUAGGUACCGAAAUUCGGUGAAGCUUUCUUCACUAAACGAGAAAUGGCUCGUGUUAUCGCAGAACGUAACAGUUAUAAAGAGAAAUUCUUGGAACUACAAGAUGCAAUGCGCUUAAUGGAGAGAUUACGAGUAGAUCAUAACUCUCGUUUACAAUUUUCUACAGGUGAUGGUUUUGAGCGUUGGGUACCAAGGUCAUUCUUUUCAACCGUCCAAUCGGGUUUAACUGGAUUAUUCUCAACUUUUGAUCAGGCUGUUCCUUUAGCUUCUGUUUUGCCGUCUGAAGCUCAAUGUCUUAGUCCAUAUCAGUUAAAUGAUUCUAACCACUCUUGGUCACAAGGUUCUCACAAUUUAUCAGUUCAGUAUAUGAAUUCCUCAAGUAAUGGACGGAGGAAAUCUGUUGGAUUAAGAAACAUGUUUAGCAGGCUAUUUGGUUAUGAUUUAACUGCCGGUGUAAAUAGUCACUCAUCAGGCGAAUCUGUAUCGAAAUCACUGGAAUCUAACCUUAAUUAACAUCGAUAUCAUUUCGACGGAUAUAUAUGAUGUUGGAAUAGUUCUUAAAUUAUUUCAGUUGAAUAUCGGUGAUAUCUCUCUUUGACUAGCUUGGAAUAAUAAUUCUUUUCUCAAUCUAUGUAAUAAUAAUGACGUUGUUAUCAAAUUAUAAUAUUCUUUUGCAGUUUUACAAUUUACACGUCUUGUUCUAUUUUAUAUACACAACUUUAUCACUGUCAUCCAUCAUUAAUUUUACACUUCAAUUACAUUUACAAAUUCGAAUAAAAAUAAGUGUAUGUUUUUCUUUUUAUAUUCAACAGCUGUAUUGUUUUUGCUGUUUAAACCAAUUCUUUCAUAAUCGGUGCUUAUAUAUGUUCAUUUGUUUGUGUCAGCGCCUGUGUGUGUUAAUCGAAGAGAAUGUUAUUUAUCAUGCCUUAAUUUAUUAUUAUUAUUUUCAUUUCUCCAUGUCUUUCAUAACUUGUAUUUUGAUUUCUACAUUUUUUAUAUUAAAAACCAACAUUACUUGUUAACCAACUUUUGUGUAUCUAAGCAACUACGUUUUAUUGUUUAUAUCAGUCGUACUUUUAAAGCAACAUCUAGUAGAAGUAGUAGUAUUCAGUGCAUUAUUUAUUUUUCUACAUUAUUUAUGUGUUUUAUUUUGUUUUUCUGUGAAACAUCUACAUUAUCUAUUUGUUGUCUUUUUUUUUGAAAAAUGAAAUUUGCUCUGUUAUGUAGCUUCCAUUAAAAAAGAAAAAAACUUUUAUUUAGUGAUAUUGUCCAGUUGAAUGCGCAUUAUGGUUAUGUUGUGCUGUAUAUUUUUUGGGGGGGAAUAAAGUUGGGAGAACAAAACAAGACUGAGUGCAUUAUAGUUUUCCUGACAAGUUAGACAUACACUAACUAUAUUAUGACUUAAUAUAAAAAAUAACCGAUUGUACAUUUUUUUGUAAUACUUCCUGUCUUGAAAUUAAGUUGUCUAACCUAUUCCUGACAAUAUUUUAUCUUACAAAAAGAAAACAGUAUUGCAGAAUUUCCAAUGGUUUUAUUUUACACAGUUUGUUUAUAUUAAAUUAUUUCUUCAUUACAUACUGAGUUAACAGCAAACAUGCACCCAACUUUGUGUUUUAUAUUACCAACUAAUUUUUGUUAGAGACUCAUUGGGAUUCUUAUUCUAUUUAGACAAAAUAGCUACUAAAUGCUCCCUUGUCUUCAAUGGUUGUCUAACCAAAGUCAGUCCG